AUGCUUCAAAGUCUUUCACGUAUUGGGGAUACAUUUGCACGACUACCGUUCUUAUUUUUUGUCGAAUUAGUAGCAACAAAACGCGUUACUUUUCUUUAUGAUUACUGGAAACUCUAUUCCAAUUGGAUAACAUCGACUUGUCCCUCUUGUUUGUGUCCAGAUGAAUCUCAUAUCAGCUUCAUUAUCUCAGUCGCUUUCAUCAUUUGUGCAGUCACCUCAGUUAUUUACAUUAAAGGCAUUUUCACUGUUGUAUUUAUUGUAAUAAAUCUCUUUCUUGUUUGUAUAAUGUUUACGAAUUAUAUGUCUUUAUUGUACACUAUCACGUUACCGACAUUUCCAUCCACUUUGUCUUCUUUCUCUACUUAUUUUUCCUCGUCGUCUUCUUCUUCCUCACUGUCAUUACUUAUACGAUGGCAUUGUAUAUUGGGCUGUUUAUUACUCGCUACUUCACUUUUGUUUAUGCUAAUAAAUUCAAUAUUCAGGCGUAUACCAUCUUAUAAAUAUUUCAUAAUUAUAAUUCUUUAUAUCUCUGUACUAUUUAUCUCUUCAUUGCCAAUUAUUAUUAAGUCCUCAUCAAUAGAAUUGACGAGAUCCGAUCAUGAGAAAUCAUUGAGAAUGAUGAUGAUAACAACAACGACAACAGCAAAUGAUAAGCAUUCAUUUCAUACAAUGUCAUCUAUGGAUUAAAUAAUUUUUCAUCAACGUGGUUAUUCU